GGUAGCGUUCACCGACUACAAUUUUGCGCUACGUGCGCGCAAAUAUAGUAGAUUUAUAUGCAAUCUAAAAGCUGUUUUGGGGCAAAUAAAUUAAUGAUAAAUCGGCGCGUGGCUUCCAAACUCUGCAACCGUGCGCUAAAUACACACAACAAGCGGAAAUGUCCUCUCAGCCGCAUUACUAGCUGAGGGUUAAUGGCAGUAGGCGGGUAAACUUCCUUCUAGUUUCAGUCUGUCAGUCGGGGACAGUCAGCAGCAGCAGCAGCAGCGGCCCUGUAACAACACGUCGACAUGCCGUCUCUCAGAGAGUCGCUUGAAUCCGGACUGGACUUCAUUGAAUUUCUGGGAGACAGAAUAUCCAGCAGCUUUACAAAAAAUGAACUCCGACACAUCUAUAACUCUGAGUUUAAGGGCAGAGAAGGAAUUAAAGAUGCAAACUUCUCCAAUGUUAUCUAUGCUUUGCUGAAAUUCAACAAAGCCCACAUAAGACAGGGGAAAAUCUACAUAAGCGUCAAGCCCGAGGUCCGAGUGUACUGUGACCAGUGGAGGAGGCCCCGGGCCCCUCAGCCACACACCUCUGGUCCUGAGAAACCUCCACCCUCCUCCUCCUCCUCCUCCACCCCGGCCACCCCUGUGAUCCCUGUACUUACUCCAAAGAGGAAGCUGGCUACAGAAAUCAUUCGCAAGCUGAAGGCCAACAGGAAGGACCUGACGGCUGACAAAGGGGGCGUUGAGAUCACCUCAGAGCCUGCGGCGACCGGUGGAAAGGUUCAGUUCACUGUGGCCUGUCUGAAGGAGCUGUUCGUUGUCAGGUUUCACAUCGAAAACAAGGGCCCGGACUGCGUCCACUUCACCUACUACACUGCCCUGCAUCGCAUGCGCUGCUUCACCUUGGAGGAUGAGAGGAGAGUGACCAGAGCCUGUCCGCUGUACCUCUGUCCUGGAGAAAGCUACGAAGUUGUGGUUCGGUAUGUGCUCAACCACUAUGGGUAUUUCCCUGCCACCAUGUACUUUGAGUUCUGCCCGGAUCUGCCUGGAUCGGCCCCUUUCUGCAUCGUCAGGGAGAUGGAAGCUGCAGCCCAGACGCCGCUGGGUGUGGAGCUGGGGCCCGUGUCUCCUUAUAAACCUUUUCGGGUGGUCACGCGCAGGCUUGUUGACACUGUGGUAGUGGAGGGAGUGCCACCUGAGAGUUCUUUUGCCCAGCCGCUAAAGAUGACGGUGAGAUUAGGGGACUACAGGUACCCUACUUACCUGAAGGAACUGGCUGACCGAAGGAUGGAGGACUCCGACUACCUCUCUCCAGCUGCCAGACAGAAAGCUGCAUCAGUGAGGGGUCUCCUCAACUGUGCCUUAAACAUGAAGAACUACUCCCACCGAUUUCACCUCCUGCUGCACCUGGAGGAGAUACAGAUGGAGGUGGACAUCAGGAAGUAUGACCUCCGAGGUCAAACCAUGACACGAGACCAGGGGAAACUCCUCACGCUCAAAGUCCCUGGUGUUGCUGAGAAUCGUCCGUCCGUACUUCGAGGAGAUUGUCUGAGGGUGUCCAAAUCUGAGGACACUGUCGAGCCGAUCACUGUGUACACUGGAUACGUCCACAGAGUGGAGCUGGACAGGGUGAAGCUGGGCUUCUCCAGAAGGUUGUUGGAGACUUUCAUCAGCAACAUGAAGUUCGACGUGGAGUUUACUCUCAACCGCUUCCCUCUGAAGCUGCAGCAUCGAGCCGUGGACCUGGCUGUGAAGCAUCAGCUUGGAGAGGUGCUGUUCCCGUCUGGUGCGGCAGUGACUAGUGUUCCCAUGCCUAAACUCAGGAUGUUCAACCGUCAGCUGGAAGGAAACCCAGAACAACACGCCGCUGUCCUGCGGAUCGUGGCCGGUGCGUCAAAGCCUGCUCCUCAUCUCGUGUUCGGGCCUCCUGGAACCGGAAAGACAAUCACUCUGGUCGAAGCCAUGAAUCAGGUCAGCAGGAAAGAUCCGUCAGCCCACAUCCUCGCCUGUGCGCCGUCCAACAGUGCCUGUGACUUGCUCUGCGAGAGGCUGAUGGUACACAUGGAUCCUUAUCAGGUUUACCGUGUGUACGCCAACAGCCGAGACCCGAGUACCGUCCCCAAGAACUUAAGGAAAUACAGUAACUGGGAUGCGACACAAGAGGGCUUUGUGUGUCCAGAGAAAGAAAUUCUGAUGAAAUACACAAUCAUAGUUACAACUAUGGUCACAGCUGGCAGACUCGUGUCUGGAGGGAUCCCAGUUGGCCACUUUUCACACGUGUUUGUAGAUGAAGGAGGCCAGGCCGUGGAGCCCGAGUGCAUCAUUGCUAUUGCAGGUCUCCUCAGCGUAGAGAAGGGUCAGUUGGUGCUGGCAGGAGAUCCAAAGCAGCUGGGACCAAUCCUCCGAUCUCCUCUCGCGUUGCAGCACGGACUCGGACUGUCUCUGCUGGAGAGGCUGAUGAAACACAACUCUUUGUAUCAGAAAAGCACCGACUCCGGACAUUUUGACACCCGCUUCGUCACCAAACUGCUAAGAAACUACAGGUCUCACGCAGCCAUUCUGAAAAUCCCCAAUGAGCUCUUCUAUGAGAAUGAAUUGCAGGUCUUUGCUGACCAGUGGGAGCGCGAGACCUACUGUCAAUGGGAACACCUUCCCAAAAAGGGCUUCCCAUUGAUCUUCCACGGAGUGAUGGGGAAAGAUGAGAGAGAGGCCAACAGUCCGUCUUUCUUCAACGUCUCGGAGAUUGAGGUCCUGAUCGAUUACCUCACCAAGCUGAUGGAAACCCAAGGAAAGAAGGGGCUCCCGAAGCUCUCCGCAAAAGACAUCGGCAUAAUCGCCCCGUACAGGAAGCAGGUGGAGAAAAUCCAAAAGGCCCUGAAGUCUGUCUCAGCCCUGAGUCGGUGGAACGAUCUCAAAGAGCUCAAGGUGGGCUCCGUGGAGGAGUUCCAGGGACAAGAGAGGAAGAUCAUCAUGGUCUCUACCGUCCGUAGCAGCAUCAACUACGUCAAGAUGGACCAAGACUUCAAUAUCGGAUUCCUUUCAAAUGAAAAGAGGUUCAAUGUGGCCAUGACGAGAGCCAGGUCUCUGCUCAUAGUCGUGGGAAACCCUGUGAUCCUCAACAAGGACCCCACCUGGGAGAAGUUCAUCAGCUACUGUGUGAAGGAGAAAGGCUACACUGGAUUUGACUUCAGAGACGCAGAAGGAGAGGAAGAAAUCGUGUCAAGACUGGCAACCCUGAAGAUCAGCGUUGCUUCUGAAUGUCCUGCACCAGAGGAGAGUGCCCUCCAGCAGCAUGUGGACCCAGGAUGGAAGAACGAGCAUUAACAUGGCCUUUAGACACAACUGUGACAUCGUGACAACAUCAUUACAUUACAGUACAUAAGACAGUCUCAGCCUAAGUCUCAGCUUAAAUAUAAUUUAAGAAAAUAUACUUUUCUAUAAACUUCUGUCAGGGCAGUUUGUAUAUUUUGGUGCAGUGAACUGAGCUCGAUUACGAUACCAAAAAGAAACUGUAAAUCUUAAUCACCAUACGUCUUACUGCUGUUCUCACAGAUCAAGAUCUAUUAGCUUCUUUCCAAUAAAAGACUGUAAAAAACUUUGAUUUAAAUCCCAUUCUGUGGUACAUCAUGACUGACCUCACCUGUUUCAUCAUCAUCACCUUCUAAAUGUUUAAAAAAGAAAAAAAAAACAUCACGUUUCUUUAAGAAUUGACAAGGAAGCUCAUCUGUCUCAUCUCAAAAAUAGUUUAUUAACAAUGUUCAUGUUCAGGUCGAACAUUCACUACAACACUCUCCGUUUACAAAGCAUUAUAACAAUGAGCUUUUAUAUAAAUCUGGAUACUUUAUAAGUUCAAAUAAUUCCAGAGAAAGAAAGGAGAAAAAAAAAAUACGUUACACAACAGUAGCUGAGCAGAAGCUGUUCCCAAAGAGUUUUUGUGCACAUUGAACACUUGUGUUUUUCUCAUGCAUGCAUCACCAUUGUUUAUAGACACUAUUUUGACUUAGCGGGGCGUUAUCUGCAUACACAUUAACGGCAGAACAGCACAUGCUCCGAGUGAGACCUUCAACACCGGACCUGCUCUGUGGGAAUGCUUUCAUUAUCGCGCCGUCCUUCCAGCUACUCCACGAUCUGCUGACAUCUUAAUUCCCGAAGAAUUCCUUGGCACUGAGCCCGUCAAGACCCGUGAACAUCAUGCCGUGACUAACACAAGGCCUAUGUUUUCAUUGAUAAAAAUUUGUAAAGAAAUAUCUGUUCAGUGUGCUUUUAGUCUACAAAAAAAUCCAUGGUUAAAGUAAAGAUCCCCCCCCCCCAAAGGUUUGAGGUAACAAUAUUAAGAUGGUGCUUGUGAACUGUGCUUCCUAAACUAAACGGAAAAUGCUGAUGAGCUGAAGAAUUAAUAAUUUCACCCUCUCCGCCGGCUCGCUCAGUUAAAUGAUUAGAACGGACUCUGUUUGCUUUGCCAGCAGAGGGCUUUCAUUACACACGGCAUUACGACUGAGCAUCCAGUCCCGGCCAGCUGGUGCAUUUGCAGCCUUCACGUUUCGAGAACGUUGCCACGUAACAUCAAAGACGCUGUUUGGCCACAGGUGUUUCAAAAACCCAAACUCCAUCCCACCGAGCAGACAUGCAAAGCACAUGAAUGAGCGACAGAGGCGCAGAGAAGGAAUGAUGUGAACAGAGUGUCUGAGGACAGCCGCCGCGCCUUUUCGAGCCAUUAUAAUGUCAGGUCACAAUCGAGCGCUCCGAAAGGACGCGUGGGCCAACACUCGGGGGUGGCGGACGGUCCCUGACAUUUGAGAAAAAAAAUAAAAAAGCCAGCACAUCUCAGUGCACACCUUUGAUGGUCCACUUUGAUUCACACGUGUUGAAGUUUCUUGCCAACGAGACAAAUGAGCCAACUUCUGUCGUAUUAGAUUUACAUAAUUUCUGGCAGAAUCACACGGCUCAAAAUUAAAUAUUCGUGGCUGCUGACGGAUGCUUUCCUAGCAAGUCUGAGGAUCACCAUUUUGGGAUUUGCCCGUGAUCCAUUCUUGAAAACUCCACCAUGUAAACUGAUGUAAUCGUCUACCAGCGUAAUGGAGAUAAGGCUGCAUUCAGAGACAUAAUCUUUACGCCGUGAUGGCAUUCACUUCAGCAAACUAAUGACGUCCUCUGUCUUUUCAAGCCCUGUCAGGUUGGUCAUGCAGCGGCCGGUCCAUCUGGUCUAUGGGAGGGGAGGGGGGAGAGGGAGGAGGGGGACAACCAAAGGCACGCCAGAACACAGAAGGCACCACGGAAAAACUAACUCCUCACACACAUCUCAGGUCCUCUCAGACACGCAAAGCAUGCCGUCUGACCGGUAGCCUCCACACGCAAAUAUCAGGCCGACAGCCCCGACGAGACACGCUUUCCCCUGACUGGGCGAACCAGUUCCGACGCAGAUUCAGACGGCGGGUGUGACCGGCUCGCUUGUGCUGUAGCAAAAUAAAGAGUUGACUCAUAGCAGUCACUCAUAAUAGUCGCUCACUAUAAACAAACAAGGGAGGUUUCACCAUGGGAUUUCUGUUUCAGCUACGUCAUCCCCCCGUUGGUCCUAACAGCUAUUGUGCAUAGUUGAGUCAUAUUCUUCCAUCUAGGACCACUGCACAGAUCAGCAGCAAUGACGGGUUCAUGCGAGUAAUCUCGCAGAGAGGACAGGGAGCUCCGUCCUCCGUUGUUACCAUUUACCACAUCACAGCAACGCCCCGUCUCUGUCCUCAAUAUGUGACCGUGGCUGGACUGACUGUGGAGGAUGUACAGGGACGGCUGAUGUUUCAUGCGGGUAAAAAGACAUGACACCAGGUUGCGCUUGACAAGUUGUCACCAACACUGAAGGCCUUACUUACGGCUUCGCUCAGGUUUCACAGCGGCCGCGCUGUGUAAACCGAGCUACGGCACAACGGAGAGGUCGACAAGUGAAAUGUUAGCUGGCAGACGAACACAAGACGGACACGGCGGCGUAGAAACUUAAAAA